AUGUACCGUUUACUGAUCUUUUCGGUGACGGUGUGCAAUGGAUGGUGGCUGGGUUCGCACCGAUCCCAGGCCCCACCUGUGCCCCCGACGUGGUGGGACAAUCUAGGGGACGCGUUCCCUGACACGCGUCGGAACCUGGAUGGCUGGCGGGAUUGGGGGUCCAUGAAGUGGGAGGCGGCGAAGGACGUCACCAGGGAUUGGGACCCGACCCGUUGGGAGUAUGGACUAUGGAUGUUCAUUGACACCUUCGUCAGUUUCGGCGGUUGGUUGAUUUUUGGGUCAUCGUGGAGCGGGGUGAGAACCGGGCGCAGACGAUUGGCACAGGUCUGUCUGCUUCUUACCCUGUGCUUGGCGGCGCACUACAUUUGUGCAGUUUGCUACCCCGUGGUUUCUAUUCUGGUAGGGCUCAUCAUGGCUGUAAUCUGGAUCCUGCGACGGAUGCUACGUACGGUGGGGACCAUCUUUUUCCAUGCUCAGAGGCUGGUGGGAUUGGCUCCAGAAGCCGCCGACGUUGACUUCGUUGGACCUGGGACCGGGGCUGUACCCGAAACGGCAUCACUACGUGGCUUUAAGAGGUCAGGCGACCAGGCGAAGCUCAUUGUGGUCAGGCGUGGUACGGCGACUGCAGUUUUUGGUUUGGGCAGCGAAUCACAGAGCAUUAGGACACACGGUCUCUAUGUCCCCGUGGAGCCGGACACGGUCAGGGGGGAUCAAAGUCUGGUGGAGCGGCUCAAGAAUGCAGAUCGAGUUCAUCUAUGUCGCAACAUCGCUUGCACCGAGGAGGGAGGAGAGCACUUCGUGGAGUACGGGAUUGUGAAGAAGUUCAACCCGGAGCGAUUCCAGUCUGCCCAAGCUCACAAGGGCGCUUUGGACGCUGGGAAGACCGUGUGGGCCUGGCUCAAGCCAGAUGUUGGAGCGGGUGUCACACGACUGGUGGGAAAGGUGAAGGAGUAUGCAUCCGAAUCUGAAGCUGAGGAUACUGUCCCAUGCAUAGCUGGAUCCAUCCGCUGGAACGGACAGAAUGGAGUUGAGUGCUUGGCUCCUAGUCGUUGUACAGCUGCAGGGUCUGUGUUUCACCAAGUUUUGCAUGAAGACGUACCUGAAGGUAUGCAGGAGGACGAAGGGCACCAGACUGCCGCAGAGGAGGUCGAGGACGGGUAUGAGGACGACGAGGACAACGGCACCAGUUUGGCCCAGUCACUACUGCGAGAGGCGGCAGAUGCAGGAGCCCCUAGUGCCAGAGCCAGGAAAAGGCCGCCCUCGCGAUCUCCCGGGCAUACGCCCAAAGCCGGGAUCAACAAACACUUGGCCAAGAUUGGGAUGCUGGACUCCCCAAACGUCGAUGCGGGACGUGGCCUGUUGGAGAAAUUCAUGGAGAAGUAUGCCAUGAACCGAGAUGAAGGAGUUCGAGAAGACCAGGUGCGUGCCCGACUUUGCCAAGAACACCUCAUGACCAACCGGGAGAUGCUCACGGAGUUGAUCAAAGAGGCUGAGGACGAGCAAGGACGAGGGCAACGCGGGCUGACGAGAUUUCUCAACUGUUGGAGACGUGCAGUGGAACAAGACGCCAGGGAAAAUCCAGGACGGUCUGACUCGGAUUGGAGUAUGAUUGGAGGCAAGGCUGAGACCCCCUUGACGAGCCCAGAGCAGGUCUCUUAUCCGCCGGUCCCUGCUUCAUUAAAAAGACCUGAGGCUGUUGAGACCCCCAAGGAUCAGAAGGAGGAGAGAUUGCAGAUGGGCUUGGCCAACAGUGGAGGCAUGGCACAUCUCUCCGGCAGAUCGAACCGUGAAGGAGGGCAACCAGAGAUCAAGGUUGCUCCCCCGGGCCUGUACAAGAAUGAUCGCAAAGCAGGAACCGGUGAAGCCACUGAACCGAUGGAGCACAUCGCACGGGCCAUCCAGAGUCAGACAGCGGAGUUAGCUACGUUAGUACGACAUCAAGCCGAAGGAGGAGGAGCUCAACCCCCGGGGACGAUUCGAGGCUUGAAUCGGCAGUCGGAGGAGCUCGUGUUCUUGAUGAGAGCUUGCGGCCAGUACAACAUCCAGGUUGGAGCCGGAGAACAUGGUCAGGCGUUGGCCAACAGCUUGCUGGCAGCCCAAGUGGGGGCAUCGACGAAGCUGAGAGCCGCCGGGUUCCGCCAGAGAAUGACUACAAGGCUGGCGGUGGGCAUUGCCGGCCCGUUCUGGGGCUCCAAUGAGAAGUACGCACUUUCAGCAUCUGACUUCCUGAGCUUCACCGAUGCGGAGUUGGACCAGUUUGCAUCGGAGAACAAGACGGUCAAAGGGGCCAGCGACCAGAGACCACCCCCGCCAAGCAGGUUUGAUGAAUGGGUGGCAAGAGUGAGGAGACAAACUGAUGUCUGGUGCUUGGUCUAUGGGGAGGAAUGGAGAACCGUGAGGACAUCGGCAGUUGAGCUCUUGUCGCAAUGGCACCUGGCGUACCCCCAUCGAUGGCCUCUACACAUCGUGAUGGACCUGUGGGAAGAACUCUCUUGGCGCCUCAUGGAAGACUUCAAAGAGAUCUUGAGAAGAUUGAAGAAGGAGGUGGGAAGGGAGACAUUGACCCUCAACGAGCUGCGGUUCCAUGCUCUUCUCCCAGGACCCGACGGUCAGGCCUGGCUCCAGAUGCCCACAACGUUUGACCUGGAGAGACCAGAUUCAUGGUUUCAGACAGAGGUGAUCCCCCGCAUCGAGAGGAAGCAGGAGAGGCUUUUGUGGAACUUGACCUGGCAGAACGGGGCUAGGCGGGAACGUCCACAACCGCCCAAUGCUCCUACCGCCGGAGGUGCAGACCCUGACAAGCCCACACUGAAGAGUCUGUGGGGCCCCAAACUCACCAAUGAGGAGGUCAAUAAGGCCAAGGAACGGGCACCUCUGGACAAGAGUGGCAACCUCCUAUGCUGGGGAAAUCUGUGCCACAUUGGGUGCUCGGCAACCAAUUGCCAGAGGUCGCAUGAUGGACUGAGAGGCACCUUCGAGAGUCUUGACCCGUGUGUCCAGAUGCAGAUGCUGAAGAGAGGAGGCCUCAGAAGGAUGAAGAUUGAGACCAAGGACAGCGUCAACCACAAGAUCAAGGAGAUCCGGCAGCGGGUCGAGAGGGAUCGGAACGACAAGAUCCAAGAUGGGAAAAAGAAGGACGGCAGAGCAGGUGAGAAGGAGGCUGCAGACCCCCAGGAGGAUGGUGCCAAGGCAGGAGGAUGCAGCAGAACGGUGAGGUUCUGGGAUGUGCCAGAAGAGUUCAAGGUCGACUACACCCCACAAGAGGAUAUCAAGGAGUUGGUGGCAGGGCCGAACCGAGCUUGGGAGGAAGACGCCUACAAACCCAGAGUCCAAGAUGGAGGAAGAGGAGGUGAGAGCGCACCUGAGGAGGCCCGGAGGCUGGUUCAAGAGGCGCAGAACUUGGGAGAGUCUGCUACCCUGAAGAGACUGGAAGGGGCGUCGGAUGACUUGUAUGCAUGGGCGGCCGCACGCGUCGCAAGAGACCCUGGAGUUGACACCCUGACACCAACACUUUGCUGUCAGAAAUGGCGACCUAUGGGUUGGGAGAACCCCAAUGCUAAGGCGGGCUCAAGCAGGCUGGAGAUCAGUGAAGUUAAAUGGUCCGAAGGAUGCCCUGGAGGAGGAACUAUGACUUUGGAUGGACAUGUGUGGGAAAACUGGGACUUCAAAGAGGAGGUCUUUAUGACAGAGGAGUUGGCCUCCCUCCUGAAGGUGCCGGAACCCGUGGCGGAGAAGCGACAGUGUGUCACCCUCGCUGUAGCCGCCGCUGUUCUAUGGGAUGAACAGGGAAGAAGGCCAGAAGCGGCUGAGGUCCAGAGGAGAGCACAGGACUAUCGCCUGGAACAGACCAGGCUGGCGGUGGAGGCGGCGCAGGUCUUGGGCGACGCAGAGGAGAUCGUCACGGCGAUCGAGCACGAGAUGAGGGUCUAUGUGCACGACCUGACCACCGCCCACCACGAGAAGGACUUCAGAAGUCUUGCAGUUUUUCCCAUCAACGACCUUCAGGAGGCCAAGGUGGUAGUACUCAGAACGGAUUAUCGUGGAGGGGUCAUCGUGGAGAGCGUCGUGGGGCCGAGUUGGAAACCAGGAGGAACAACAGCCUGGGUUUUGAUCCACAAGGGCCACAUGACCCUGGUGAGACCACCGACCGAAGAAGUGGGAAACCGUCUGUUGGAAGAGGAGGAGCACACUACGACACCAGCAUUUGGCUUUACCUUCUUCUGGCAUAGCAGGCACGAUCAAGCACCCACGUCACCGGGACGGACCCAUUGCAGGCUGUGUAGAACUACCAGAAAGGCAGGGACGUGGACUGACUGCUACAGGCCCUAUAGUUGUCUGGCACUGGUCGCGGCGGUUGCAGGAACCAAUGAAGGAACUCAAGUUGUCCGAGGUGUUCGAGCUGCGGGACCCCCAUACCAGAAGAACGAGCUGGUCAUGCAGGAAGUCUUUGCUGGAUCUGGCCGUAUCACUGCCAAGUGGAAGGAGACGGCACCUGCUGAGGAACCGAUCGAAGUGUUCGAGGAGCCCCACCGACGAAGAGGAUACCGCCAGGACCAUGACCUUCUACUUCCAGCCAAUCGAGCGAAGGUCAAGGACAGGGCCAAGGUUGGACCAGCAAAUGUGUGGUGGCUUGCAGCCCCUUGCACCAGUUUUUGCGAUUGGCAGCUGCAGAACCAAGGGAGUCGAACAUUCCCAGAACCCGAGGGAGGCAAAGAAGGGCCACAACAGCAACGAGAACUUGAUGGGAACAGUUUGUCGGUUACUUUGAAUGGAAAGACCAGGCAUGGGUUCACCGACACCCUCCUACUCGAGAGCGGCAUUCCGAGAGAACACAUGCUGCCGAACCCGGUGGGGCUUUACUACUGGGAGGAUGGAGGAGAGCGUCACACCUGCCAUGGGGUCGGGGGGCCAGCUUUGUGGCCGAAGUGGUCAGAAGAGACGAAGAGUUUUGCCGACAUCUACGUCCAUGACAGAAGGGGUCCCCCGGGCCAUUUGAGGAGAUUGCAGAAGGAAGAGAUCUGGAUGUUGCAAGGAAGACAUCCCAGCGACUUCAAGGUUUUGGGUGGUGAGCAUGAAGUUGAUCGGAUGAUUGAUGAGGGAUGCAGAGCCACGGGAGGUCAGACCGCGGCGAACCUUUUGGCUGGUGCUGGCGCUUUGGUCAGCAAGGCCAUCGAACAGGAGGCAGGCAAGGCUGGAGCCAGCUCAGACCAGAUGGGAGCGGAAGCACUUGCCCAGAUUCUCCUUUGGUUGAGGAGGUGGCGACGAGGAGACUUUGGCAAGCCCUUCGACCAUCGCAAGGCAGGAGCAGAAGCAGAGAGAGGACGUGUGUUCCGCUGGGUCGAGGCAUGGUGGAUUGGCAUGCUGGAGCCGGAGGAACCGGAUGAGGAUGACAAUCGCAAGGCAGGAGGUCGUCGGAGGACAACACAGGAAGUCGCAGAACAA